CGAAUGAUCAGUUUAGUAAAUGGAAUGCAAACUCACUCGUGUCUUAUGAGCUUUAUUCACUUUUAAGUUCUGAACAGUCAUUUUAACGAUCAACAUGAUCCCCCCUGCUGAGUCUUUAUUGAAGUAUGAUAACCCUGUGCUGGUGAGCAAGAACACAGACAAGAAAUCACCAAAGGCUCGACCUUUGAAAGUGAGUCCAAAACAGCCUGUCAUCUCUGGUCCAGUUCCACCUCCACCCAAACCCAAAUCCCCUUCAGCUGAUCUGAUCAAGGAACAAACAGAGGAGAUUCUAAAUGCCAUUUUGCCCCCAAGAGAAUGGAUGGAGAACAGCCAGCUCUGGGUGCAGCAGGUGUCCAGCACACCGUGCACUCGCAUGGACGUGGUUCAUCUGCAGGAACAGCUGGAUCUUAAACUACAGCAGAGACAGGCUAGAGAAACGGGUAUCUGCCCAGUACGCAGAGACCUCUACACACAGUGCUUUGAUGAGCUCAUCAGACAGGUUACCAUCAACUGUGCUGAGAGAGGCCUGCUGCUUUUACGAGUGCGAGAUGAAAUUCGCAUGACCAUUGCAGCCUAUCAAACCCUGUAUGAGAGCAGUGUGGCCUUUGGUAUGAGGAAAGCCCUGCAGGCAGAGCAAGGAAAGUCUGACAUGGAGAAGAAGAUUUUAGACUUGGAGGAUGAGAAGAAAGAGCAUGAAAGGCAGCUGAAUGAGCAGAAGGCUAAAUGUGAAGCCAUUGAGAGACGAGAAACUGAACGGCGACAGGUUGAAGAGAAAAAGCACACAGAGGAGAUCCAGUUUCUCAAACGCACAAACCAGCAACUUAAGGCCCAACUGGAAGGAAUCAUUACUCCAAAGAAAUAAAAGCUUCAUGCUUUAAAUGAAACACAAAUAAAAUUUAUUUGAUGACAUUUGA